AUGGUUGGAACAAGUCCCUGGGAACCUCAAGAGCAAUCAACACAACCAAGACCCACACCUCCGGUUCGUAUUUGUCGCAACCCAGACGCACUCCUGCCAACAUUCAACAAUCAACCAGCUUCCGCUCACAGUCCAUCAAUCCACCGCCAUUUCUUUAAGACUCUUCUGUUCACAAGCAGAGCUCCGCUCAACUUUCUCUUUUGUCCGUCUAGCAUAUCACAGCAACCUCAACAUCUUAGUUCUGACAUGUUCGACAUUCCGCCACUGUGGGAUUACACCGGUGACUUCGUGACAGCUGAGAACCUAUAUGCUGUUAUACUUGGGGACAAGAGUAAAGUUAGGGGUGGAAGUGGCAAAGUGAUCAACAGCAAAGCAGAUGAUAGAAUAUUUAUAUAUUACUCUGAUCAUGGAGGCCCCGGAGUCCUUGGGAUGCCAAAUAUGCCAUAUGUAUAUGCUAUGGAUUUCAUCGAUGUUUUGAAAAAGAAACAUGCAUCUAGAGGUUACAAAGAGAUGGUUAUAUAUGUUGAAGCUUGUGAAAGUGGUAGCAUUUUUGAAGGUAUAAUGCCGAAGGAUAUAAACGUUUAUGUAACAACUGCGUCCAAUGCGCAAGAGAAUAGUUGGGGAACUUACUUUCCUGGUGUGGAUCCUGCUCCACCUCCCGAGUACAUCACUUGCCUCGGCGAUUUGUAUAGCGUUGCUUGGUUGGAAGAUAGUGAGACGCACAAUCUAAAAAGGGAAACGGUGCAGCAACAAUACAUGUUGGUGAAGGAACGGACUUCAAAUUACAACUACAAUUUAGUGAACCUUCCUCCAAACAAUGGCAGACUAGAAGCUAAAAUGGAAGUUGUAAACCAAAGAGAUGCAGAGAUUCUCUUCAUGUGGCAAAUGUAUCAGAGAUUACACCAUCAACCAGAAAAGAAGAGAGACAUUCUCGUAAAGAUUUCCGAGACAGUGAAACAUAGGAAUCAUUUAGAUGGUAGUGUGGAAUUGAUUGGAGUUUUAUUGUUUGGUCCAACAAAAGGCUCUUCAGUUCUACUAUCCGUUAGAGCUUCUGGUUUGCCUCUUGUUGAUGACUGGGAAUGCUUAAAAUCAAGGGUUCGGAUGUUCGAAGCUCAUUGUGGUUCACUGACUCAGUAUGGGAUGAAACACAUGCGGGCAUUUGCGAACAUUUGCAACAGCGGUAUUUCCGAGGAUUCGAUGGAGGAGGCAUGUAUGGCAGCAUGUGGUGGUUAUGAUGUAGGGCUAUUACAUCCAUCAAACAAAGGUUAUAGUGCUUGA